AUGGUCAUCUCUGGGUACACCCAUCGAUCAACUAUUCACAUUAAUGAGAAAUUAAUUGCCAUUAUUAUGUUCAGAUCGUUAUCUAAAGUCAAUGUCUUCAAGACACCCCAAGCAAAGGACUUCCAAACAAUAUUAGAUUUCAAAAGACCGAAUGAACUAUCAAAAUGUCUAAUGAGGUCAGAUGAAGAAUUAGGAGGCUACUCCACCGUUAACUUUGAAAUUGAUCCUCAAGAACAGGCUGCUCAUUUUCAUGGAUAUUUGAAUUUGGAUCCCCCUGCUGACCGCCCAGAUAUCUUACAAUCCGGUUAUGCCAUGUUCAGAACAAAAGAUCAACCUCAGAACGCUCUUUUCGGGGAGAAGUCGUGGGAUUGGACAAAUUUUAACCAAUUGGCAAUGAGGGUGAAGGGUGAUCACAGAAAGUACUUUUUGAACAUCCAGGCUGACAGCUCAUUGAAAACAGAUAUAUACCAACACAGAUUAUUUUUAAACACACCAGGGGAAUGGGAAACUGUUCUUGUCUCUUUAGAUGACUUUGUGCUAACGAACUGGGGUAUUAUUCAGGAUGAAGGUGGGUUGGAUAAAGGUAAGGUUAAAACUUUUGGUAUUGGAUUAUUGGAUAGACAGUUUGGUUCUUACAGCCUUCAUGUUGAUUGGGUUAAAGUUAUCACUGGUGAGUCGUUAUCAAAGGUAGUGAAUGAGUCAAGAAAGAAGAAGCAAGACGAUGAUUUCGAUUUUUCGGAUGCUGUUGUUUAA